UAAAUCCACCCUCUAGUAUUACGUAAAAAAUAAAAUACCACGGUAAAAUUUCGAGACAUACUUUCCAAGGUCUCUUAUAAUGUGUAGUGAUGGCGCAAUAGAUAGCCUUCACAUCCACAUGAAAUGCGGAGUGGUUCAAUUGGGAAACGAAACGUUAGUUUGACUCUAAUGUGCUCUUACCUAACUUUGCUGCAGUCCAAAUUAAGUCGUGCAAAGCCCUAAGCCCUGUGUCAGGGUCGAGCGUAGAUGUCCUUUGUGGAGGCAGAGCCUCAUCCGAAAUAGAAACGCUGUUCAUUCGUCCUCAUACAAAAUCCCACUAUCCAGACUCCCACCGGUCACACUCCUAGUGCGCAUCAUAGCCACUAUUCUUUAACCUGCCCGCGAAAUGCUCCCCUUCGCUUCCACAAGCCCAAUGCCCAACUCCAAUGCAGCUUCGGUGUGGAAUUUCAGUGCCACAUGCGAACCGGGCGUUGCCAACUGCAGCGAUGUUCAGUGGAAGAAGCGGAUGAGAGAGAAGGAGCAGUUGGGGUGCAAGGAGAUCAUCACCACGAGGUGCGAGCUAAUGACCACUCACGCAUACCUGUGGUGUGGCUUUCCUCGAAACUAGAGCGCGCGCAUUGCGAGCUCCAUUGCCAUUCGAGAUUGAGGUUUGGUUCCCGGUGAUUGAGGUUGCGCUCAAUGAAGAAAUUAGAGCACCCAGUUAGGAGGAUAGAGUGAUGGAGAGGAUAGAGUAGGAUUUUGGCACCAAUGAUGGUGGGAUUUGGAGCUACUAGAAUUCCUCCCCCUUGCAAUUGGCUGCCUCUAGUUCCUGCCUUCCAAGUUCUUCCAAGGUCCAUCUCUCCCCGGAGCCUCAAACUCGCGGUUCAGUACCAUGUGCGUCCUCACUUGUGGGGCGGAUGUGGCCUAAUGAUGUCUCGAAGAAAGUGGUGAGUGCGUCGGGAGCUACGAAGAGACCAUCGCUGGUAGCGAAGAGUUCAGGGCUAGACUUUCUGGUCUGUGCACGAGAUUGCUUGGGUUCAUCCUCAUGGAUCGGUGGUCUAAACGUCCGAAAACCACAUUGGAGUGGGCUGGUCUGUUCAUUGAAAGAGCAAGAGCAACCAGUAGUGUUGGACACAGAUGACGGUGCUUUGGAAACUCAAGUUACUCAUCGAUUGAUCAUUGAGGAUGAAGCUGGAGGGAAGGCGCCUUUGAUCCUUAUAAGAGGCGAAGAGGAGAAUUGUGCUCUGAUUUCUUUUGAUGACGGUAAAGUCAACGUUACUACGGAACCUGUGAACCCAGAAAAAGACAACACUCAAUCUGAGAGUGUAUCAAGUUCAAAUGAGGCUCCAGUUUCAACUUCUCCGGGUUCAUUCACUCGUAACAAAGAGGAGCGGAAGGUCGUGCGAACAGCAUGGGAGAAGCUCGUUCGCUGGUCUCGAUCAUGGCAGCUCCUGAACGAGCGGCGGAAGAAUGUCCUUAUGAAAACGAAGAAGGUCGUCGUCCUGGGAGGUGGGUCCUUCGGCACAGCCAUGGCAGUUCUUCUAGCCCGAAAUAAAUCCGACAUGAACGUCACUCUCCUUCUCCGAGACUACACCACAUGUCAAGCCAUCAACGAUGACCACAUGAACUUCAAGUACUUUCCCCGGCACCAGCUCCCGAAGAACGUCACCGCAACCACAGAUGCGAGAGAAGCUCUUCAGGAUGCCCACUAUUGUGUACAUGCCGUCCCCGUGCAAUCCAGCUCGGAAUUUCUCUGCAACAUUGCCGAACACGUUCCCCCAACUCUCCCCAUCCUUUCCGUUAGUAAAGGUUUGGAGCUUUCCACUCUAGAGAUGAUGUCUCAGAUCAUCCCCCGCGCUCUCGGCAAUCCCAGACAACCCAUUGCAGUAAUUUCCGGACCUUCCUUCGCCAUUGAGCUCAUGGACGAACUCCCUACAGCCAUGGUGGCCGCUUCCCGGGACAGGGAACUCGCUAGCGCUUGUCAGCAAUUACUUGCUUCCCGUUAUCUUAGAGUAAAUACCUCCACCGAUGUCGUGGGAGUGGAGAUAGCGGGCGCAUUGAAGAACGUCCUUGCAAUUGCUGCGGGAAUUGUUGAAGGCAUGGAUCUCGGCAAUAACUGCAUGGCAGCUUUGGUGGCUCAAGGGUGCUCCGAGAUCAGAUGGCUAGCUGAGAAAAUAGGAGCAAAAUCACACACUCUCUCCGGCCUUAGCGGUUCUGGUGACAUCAUGCUCACAUGUUUCGUGAAUCUCUCCCGCAACCGGUCCGUUGGGAUGCGUCUGGGAUCUGGGGAGAAGCUGGAAGAUAUCUUAUCCUCCAUGAGCCAGGUCGCAGAAGGAGUUGCAACUGCAGGAGCUGUGAUCUCUCUGGCAAAGAAGUACCGCGUGCAGAUGCCGGUUCUCACCGCUGUUGCAAGAAUUCUCGACAAUGAGCUUACACCGAAAACUGCCGUCCUUGCGUUGAUGAGCCUUCCCCAAGUGGAGGAGGUUUGAGCGGCCAAUCCCCUUUUAGUGAAUUAGUCAACAACAAUCGAUGUGCAUUCAUCCAAUGCAUGUUUUUUACCAAAUAGAUCCGUGCUUUGCUCUUUGAUUUUGAAAUUGAUUCUAGCCGAUGCUGAUUUAACCACCUCAAAAGUGCAUGAGCAUAAAUCCUCAAUAAAUCUGCACUUUUUCAAUGUUGAUCACCAGAGAUAUUGAAUUUCCGCAUGGGGAUACCCCGGUGUAAAUGCGAAAUAUCCUCUUCUCCCCUGAACAUAUAACAAGAAUAAGCUGAAUUUGAAACAACAUGCUGGACCACCAUGUGUUUUGUCAUUAUAAAAAUUAAAUCCAUCCAAAAUGGAUGCUAAGUUCAUUGCAUUACAACCCUCUUUUCCAGGAUAGUGAACUCUAACAAGCCCUACUGGCUUCUACCUACUAUUGAAUCCUUCACUUCUGUAAUGGCU